AUGUCCCUGGAGUCCGUCGAUUCUUGCAAAGCCUGUGCUCUCUUCAAAGAAACACAAAAAGGUGAACAACAUACACAUUUAUUCGACCGAGAACCAUAUACCUUUUUCGCACCACCUUCACCCCAUUUACUAAGAAUCUCUUUACCCCAGUUGUUUCGCCUUUAUAGAAUUGCGAGCAUGGACGAUGUCUGCGACGUAGCUGCCCAAAGAAAUAAUUCCAACAGAAAGCAACUUUCCAGCGUAGCCCUUUUUCUACCCGGAUUUCAACUCACAUUGCGGAGCAGUCCAUUGAGGCUCUGUGAGAUAUCAAAUCAAAAAAAAGAAGCUGAAGCAGCUUCAGAAUUUAACACAAAGGGAGGAAAAAGUGAAACGAGGAUCGAUUGCAAGUAAGUACGUUGGGAAGAAAAAGAAUCUUGACCGGGAAAUCUUCAGUCGUGCAUGAUACAAUAGCUCCAAUUAUAUGAUUGUAGGAGACUUUUACAACGAACUUAGCAAGAUCCUUAUCAGUCUCAGGCACGCUUCGUUUAAUUGGGAUUGGGCGUUGUUGCCGACGGUCUACGCUGAGUAGGGGUUUCUCCUCUGGGCUUGAACAAUUUCAAUUUAAUGAAAUAAAGGAUAAAAAAACAAAAUCAAAAACAAGAAUGGUAUGCGAUUCGGCAGCGGUUGCCGAAUCUUGGAUGAUGCUAAGAUCUUUGGGCCUUGAAGUCAAGAUGAUGACAGAAAUUGAACAAUCGCAGUACAUUAUUUCGUGCACAAUUUUCUUUGAAGACCCUCCUGU